GUAGUUGCCAUGUGCCUCCUCAGAACUGUAACUAUGGGGUGCCCCUUGGCGUAGGGGUUAAAAUGCUGACCAUUAACCACAGUGUCGCUGGUCCAGAUUCGGCUGGGGUCCCCUUCCCUCCUCUUUGAAAAACAUCUGUCUUAUCUGUCCAAUAUUUGUCCAUUGCUGUCCACAAAGGAGUGUCUCUUGUCCCUGUCCUUGAGGUCAGCAAUUCACAAACAUUGGACAGACAUGUGGGUUUUGCUUCUGGUGCGUUGCAACCCAUCAUCAUUAUUUGAGGAUGACCACACAGUCCACACAGGUAUGUUUACUAGAAAAUGAUCUACUUUUGCCGUAGUAGUUUGGGUAACCGCUGUUCAUAUGACAAAAUCAAACAUCCCACACAGUUUAAAGGGCGCUGUUGCAGAACUGAAUAAGUCACUGUAACAUUAAUAUAUCAAUUAGAUUGAGGAAACCCCAAUACCCUUAAUCAGCUAUUGUCUUUUUGGCAGCCGACCAGUCUCAAUGAUGGCAGUACAUGGUAGCAAUUCCUGCAGUUCUUGAAGCUGGAGCUGAGACCAAAUUCUGCGUGAAUCUCCUGCAGCCCAAUGAAACUCUAGUCAUGACCGUCACUCUGGUCUCCCAAGAGAAGAACACAACCCUCCUCAAAGAGACAUACAACACAGAGUUUCAUACCUGCAUUGAUUUUAAGGCUCCUGAAGUGCAGAAUAAAGAGGUGCAGAAACUGGAGGUGGAGGUACGAGGUGACACAUUUUAUUCAAGACAAGUCAGGAAAGUCAUGAUCAGGGUCUAUCAACCAAUGACAUUCGUCCAAACAGAUAAACCAAUCUACCUUCCUGGACAAACAGUCCAUUUCAGAGUCAUUUCACUUGAUACCAGGCUCAGACCUGCCAGUCGUCUGUACAAUGUCAUCGAAAUUGAGGAUGCUAACAGAAACCGGAUUGGACAGUGGCUGAAUGAAACCUCCAAUGGUAAAAUACUGCAGCUUUCUUACUCUUUGAACUCUGAGGCCCGUGAAGGAUCCUACCAAGUUAUUGUGACGACUGGUGAAGACAAUAUACACCACAGCUUCAAGGUGGAGAAAUAUGUUUUGCCUAAAUUUGAUGUAAAAGUAAUUACAUCUGAUGAAGUAAGUAUUGAGCAGGAAGACAUCACAGCUGAAGUAUGUGCAAAGUACACAUAUGGACAGCCUGUGCCAGGCAGCGCUAAAGUUGAGAUUUGCAGACCUCUUAAUCACUAUUUUUAUGGAACCCCUGUAGACGACCCUGAUCAUGCAGAGAGAGAGAUUGCUGCUCCAUGCCACAAAGAGACAAAGCAGAUGGACAAGAAAGGCUGUGCCACUUUUACCAUCAAGAUGUCCACUUUCACAAAACUUGGCCAAAAGGUGCUGCAUGAUCGACUCAUCCUCAUAGCUGAAGUGGAAGAGGAGGGAACUGGUAUUUCACCCAAACAAGAGAAAAGAAUACCUGUUUCAUUUAUUGUUGGAAAGCUGUCAUUUAUUGACACACCUAAGAUUUAUAACCAAGGAUCAAAUGUGGAAGGAAAAGUUAAAGCAGUAUACUACAAUGAUACACCCAUUGCUGACAAGCCGCUGUACCUGUUUAAGGGAGCAAGGUGGUCUUCACAUUUGCUACAGAAUCUCACAACUGACAGCAAUGGUAUCGCUACCUUCUCAUUAAGCACAGCUACCCUCCAUGGAGACAUCCGCCUCAGUGUCAGCAACAAACCAACACUGGAGUACCAUGCCUAUAGAUCUAAACACUAUGAGGUUGGAGAACACACGUUGUCUGAGGCCAAACAGUAUUCUCGUGAUACAAAGUCAGUCAGUUUCCUGGAGGUGAAGACGAAGGAUAAAUCACUUCCCUGUGACAAAGAAGAGGACAUGUUCAUCAAAUACACUGUAGUUGGAGAGGCCCAGGGCUCUGCAGAUGUGAUGUAUCUGGUCCUAUCCAGAGGAGCUAUUGUCAUGCAAGGCUUUAAACAGGUGGAAGUGCAAGAUAAAUCAGUAUCUGAGGGUGAGGUGUCCUUUAAGUUGAAAGUGUCUCCAGAAAUGGCACCAGAUUUCCGGGUUGUGGCUUACGCUGUCCUUCCCAGUGAGAAUGUGAUCGCCCACAGUGCUGACUUCUCCACUGAGAAAUGCUUCGGUCACAAGGUGUUGCUGGAGUUUUCUCCAUCCUCAGCUGUCCCAGGAGAGGAGAACACCAUGCAGCUGACAGCCCAGCCAGAUUCUCUGUGUGCUGUGAGUGCUGUCGAUCAGAGCGUCCUCAUCAAGGAGCCAGGGAAGAUUCUUGAUGCAGACAAGAUAUUUGGCUUGUUGCCCAUCACAAAAGUAUCCUCUAUUCCACAUGAAGUUGUAGAUUCAGUAGAAUGCUUGCAUGUGAGACCCAGAAGAUAUGUUCUGCCAUACCCCCGACAUGACGAGAGAGAUGAUGCUCAUACAGUUUUUCAGAAUGUAGGGCUGAAGAUGGCAUCAAAUUUGCUUUUAUGCCUCGAUUAUGAAGAAGAAUACGUCUUGUAUGGUAUAAGUUACGGGGUGGGCAGUGCUGCUGAAGAUGUUGAAGUGGAGUGGGAAGGAGUAAGAUCCUAUUCUCCUCCUCCUCCGCCAAUAGAGACAGUUCGCACUUUCUUCCCUGAGACUUGGAUAUGGGACCUGGUGGAAGUUGGAGAGUCUGGAACGAAGGAUGUUUCCGUCACUGUCCCAGACACUAUCACCACCUGGGAGACGGAGGCUUUCUGUCUUUCCCCUCAUGGUUUUGGCUUGGCUCCUCGUAAAGAGUUCAAGGUCUUCCAGCCCUUCUUCCUCGAGCUCAGUCUGCCCUACUCCAUCAUCCGGGGGGAGCACUUUGAACUGAAGGCAACCACCUUCAACUACCUGUCUAGCUGCAUCAUGGUCACUGUGACUCCAGCCCCCUCCUUAGAUUUCACCCUCACUCCUCUCUCUGGUAACCAGUACACAUCCUGCCUGUGUGGCAAUGAACGCAAGACCCUCAGGUGGACCAUGGCCCCCUCAGCCUUAGGGGUUGUGAAUGUGACUGUGAAAGCUGAAGCUGUGACAUCCGAGGUUUCAUGUGACAAUGAGAUCGUGACUGUGCCAGACAGAGGUCGCAUCGACGUGGUUACACGAUCUCUCAUUAUAAAGGCUGAGGGAACUGAGAAGACAAAGACCUACAACUGGCUGCUCUGCCCUAAAGGGGAGGCUUUGACAGAGGAAAUAGAUAUACACCUCCCUGAGAACAUGAUUGAUGGAUCUGCCCGUGCCUCAAUAUCAGUCCUGGGUGACAUCCUCGGCCGGGCCCUGAAGAACCUGGAUGGACUGCUGCAGAUGCCGUAUGGAUGUGGAGAGCAGAACAUGGCUCUCCUGGCUCCCAACAUCUACAUCCUCCAGUACCUGAAAAACACCCAGCAGCUGACCCCAGCCAUCAUGGAAAAGGCUACAGGCUUCCUGACCAGUGGCUACCAGAGACAGCUGAACUACAAACAUGACGAUGGCGCUUACAGCACAUUUGGAGCAGGAACGGGGAACACUUGGUUGACUGCUUUUGUGCUGAGAUCCUUUGUCAAAGCAAAGUCUUUCAUCUACAUUGACCCAGCAAAGAUUGAAGAGUCUAAGACUUGGCUGGAGAGUAAACAACGUCAAAAUGGCUGUUUCGAAAAGUCAGGAAAACUCUUUAAUAACAGAAUGAAGGGUGGUGUGUCUGAUGAAGUGACUCUCAGUGCUUACAUCACUGCUGCCUUCUUGGAGAUGGACAUUGCCAAAGAUGAUCCUGUGGUGAAGAAGAGCUUGUCUUGCCUUAAGGAGUCCACCAGUGACCUCAGCAACACCUACACUACAGCUCUGCUGGCAUACGUCUUCACCCUGGCUGGAGACAUGGAGACCCGUGCUCAACUUCUGCAGCACUUAGACACGGUUGCAUCAAAAGACGGGGGCCGGCUUCGCUGGUCUCAGACAGCAACAGAAACGUCAGCCUCUCUGUCUGUGGAGAUCAGCUCGUAUGUCAUACUGGCAAAACUCAUCGCCUCCCCUACUGCUGAAGACCUGGCCUACACCAGCCGCAUCGUCAGAUGGCUGACAGACCAGCAGAACUCUUAUGGAGGCUUCUCCUCUACACAGGACACAGUGGUGGCUCUUCAGGCUCUGGCUCUCUACUCCACUCUGGUGUUCAGUCCAGAGGGUUCAAGCACAGUGACAGUCCAGUCUCCCAGUGGCCAGCUGACAUUUGAUGUGAACCAGAACAACAAACUGCUCUACCAGGAGAAGAUGCUGCAGGACAUGACAGGAAAGUACAGCCUGGAGGUGAAGGGAACUGCAUGUGUGUCAAUGCAGAUUUCUCUUCAUUAUAACAUCCCAACUCCUGCUGAUGUAACUACACUCAGUGUGGAGGUAAAACCAGAGGCUAACUGCACCAGCAAAUCCACCACACCUAAACUCACUCUGAAGCUAAAAUCACUUUAUAGUGGGAAGGAGACCAGUUCAAACAUGGUGAUCCUGGACAUCAAAAUGCUCUCUGGAUUUGUCCCAGAUCCAGAGUCUUUGAAAUGGCUCAAACGUGCCCCGCUGGUGGAUCGUGUCGAAGAAAAGGAAGAUCAUGUUCUGGUGUACUUAGAGUUACCAAAGGACAUACCCAUCAACCACAGCUUAGAGCUCGUACAGGAGGUCCAAGUGCAGAACCUGAAGCCAGCCGUGGUCAAGAUCUAUGACUACUACCAGCCAAGUGACCAGGCUGAGACAGAAUACAGCUACCCUUGUGCUGCCGCAUGAAGAGUGAAGGGUGGUCAGUCCUCAGGUCAUCACAGAUUUCAGAAGAUUUUAAAAGGACUUGCACUUUAAAAAUGUUCAUUUUAUAUACGUUGUGUAGCUCCAUGUCUGUUAGUGUAAUCAUACACAAACAGUUAACACUUAUUUUGCUUGUUACAUUUUGCCACAAAUCCUUUCAGCUGUGUAACUCCUGUAUGUGUCUAAAGUGAAAUCCAUACACAAUGUACAAUAAAAUGUCAUCUGAAUGUCCCA